GUUCUUGCGUUUUCUGGGAUUUAGGCCUAUUGUGUAAGCACCGGCGGGCCAGCACUGCACACGUGGUGCCCGAUGACACGAACAUGCCCGCGCCACGCGGAGGCGCACGCGGCUGCCGGGGCUCGGCUGCUCUUACCGCCAGCACCUAACAUACGCGCACCUGUAUAGUGGCAACGCUAGAGACCUCAUGGGGGCACAACAGCUCGGGGGAGAGCUUACGAAUUUGCGUGAGAACACCACAUUCCCGCUGCCGGCCUUCAAAACGGAUUAACAGUGAAACAAGAAAUGUUGAAUUGAAUAAACAUUGAAUUGAGCAAAAUCAACGAUAAAAUCUAGAACAAUGGAAGCUAAGGGGUUGUUUUGAUAUUUAUCUAUGGGGUCAUUGCGAUCUUUGUUUUUGUACUUUUAACUGUGACUGAAUUUGACAUGCAGCCUAAAUGAAAGAGACCAAGAAUACGUAGGGAGCUUGUUUCCUACUCCCACAAUCCCGGUUUUAAAUGCACUUCCACGUUUAAGUUGGUUAUGUUGAACAGCUCCUGGUAUUGUGGGUUGAAUAAGGAAAUAAAUUAACGAAUCACUAAAAAUGUCGUAGAUUUUCUAAUAAACGGUGUCGCCUUUCUUACGGCGCAUACGGGUGGGGGCGGUACGCACGUACGCACGGCACGGCGGCGCGGUGACGUCGGCGCGCAGAGCAGCGGGGGCGGGUCGGUAAACAGUGUCGGCUGCGCUGUCAAUGCAGCAGGAGUAACGGCGGACAGGCGACGAGCUGGGGACCGGGAGCCUCCCUACCCACCGACACCGACCGGAAAGAUGAGCCAGAAGUCUGAACGCCGAGGGAUCCAUGUGGACCAGUCAGAGUUGCUGUGUAAGAAAGGAUGCGGUUACUAUGGCAACCCUGCCUGGCAAGGCUUCUGUUCAAAGUGCUGGCGAGAGGAAUACCAGCGGGCCAGGCAGAAACAGAUCCAGGAGGACUGGGCUCUGGCUGAGAGGCUGCAGAGAGAGGAGGAGGCAGCCUAUGCCAGCAGCCAGGGGGCGCAGUCCCAGCCCUCUCUAGCACCCUUCUCCAAAUUUGAAGAGAAGAAGUCAAAUGAGAAGACGCGCAAGGUCACAACGGUGAAGAAAUUCUUCAGCCCUUCAUCGCGCACUGCUAGCAAGAAAGCACCCCCCGAGAAAGCCCCGAGUGGGAGGGAGCGCCAUGCUGAGACUCUUCUCAGGGACCUGAGGGACAUUUUUACCCCUCCCUGGGAGCUGGCGUCCCCUACUGAAGCGCUGGUGGCCAGACUGAGAGAGAGCCAGGAGACCAAGACGCCCAGCCCGUCCAUCAGCCGGCAGGCCAGCAUGGAGACGGACCGGGUGUCCCGGGACUUCAUCGACUUCCUGAAGGGCCUGCAGAAGCCGGGCCGCGAGAUCCACAAGCAGUGCCGGGCCUUCGUCGAGAGCAUGGGCAACAAGAAGGACCUCAGCGCAGAAGAACUGUCAGAGUGCGUCCAGGACUUCUACCAGAACAUGGCCGACCGCCUGCUGUCCCACUUCAAAGGGUCCACAGAACGCGUGGAGCGUGUUAUGGACCAGGUGGAGAAGUACCUCAUGACUCGGCUCUAUAAGAACGUCUUCUGUCCAGAAACCACUGAUGACGAGAAGAAGGAUCUGGCUGUGCAGAAGCGCAUCAGGGCCCUCCACUGGGUUACCAUUCAGAUGUUGUGUGUCCCGGUGAAUGAAGACAUCCCUGAGGUCUCGGACAAUGUGGUGAAAGCCAUCACAGAUGUUAUCGAGAUGGACUCCAAGCGCGUGCCCAGGGACAAGCUGGCUUGCAUCACGCGCUGCAGCAAGCACAUCUUCAACGCCAUCAAGAUCACCAAGAGCGAGCCCGCCUCUGCGGACGACUUCCUGCCCACCCUCAUCUACAUCGUGCUGAAGGCCAACCCGCCCCGCCUGCAGUCCAACAUCCAGUACAUCACCCGCUUCUGCAACCCCAGCCGACUCAUGACCGGCGAGGACGGCUACUACUUCACCAACCUGUGCUGCGCAGUGGCUUUCAUCGAGAAGCUGGACGCCCAGUCCCUCAACCUCAGCCCGGAGGACUUUGAGCGCUACAUGUCGGGACAGGCGUCGCCCCGCAGGCAGGAGCCCGAGGCCUGGCCCCCGCCGGCGGGCGGCAGCCCCGCCCUGGCGCAGGUCUACCAGAGCCUGGAGCUGCUGUCGGGGCUGGGCGCGCGGCAGGAGAGGGUCCUGGAGGGGGCGCGGCGGCUGGAGGGCGACCUGAUCGACUGGCGCGCCGGGGUGGAGCGCGAGGUGCAGGACAUCCUGGACAGGCACCCGCUGGACCUCCGGCUGCCCCCCGCCUCGGCCAUAGAUUCCGACAACGUGGAGAACGACCGCCUGCCGCCCCCGCUGCAGCCGCAGGUCUUCGCCGGCUAGGGCAGUGCUCCGGCUAGCCCGGCCCGUUCCCUCUCCCGCUCGGCUCCCUCCCCCGUUCACACGCCGGCUCUCCCUGGGAACUCUCCAGUCUCUAGGCUGCGGCCUGCAAGCCUCCCCGGGUUCAUCUGCGUUCCAGCCCAGCUGGUGCAGCUGGCUCCCGUCCCCCACACACCCCGCUCCUAUUCUGGGGUCUUCACAGCGAGUUUUCGAGCUCAAGUGUGUCGCAGCGCCUGACUGCGGGGCAGUGUUGUUUUUCAGUGUCAUGUUCUUCCAUUUCCUUGCAUUGCACCCUCCCGCCUCUCCAGUCGUUCCUGUUUGUGACGGGCUCAGUGCUCUAGCAGGGGGGGCUCCCCGCUCCUCGCUGUCGCGCUGCAGGCCCGCGGGCAGCUGCUGGGGUCGCCCUGGCUGACUAAGCCCAGCUCCUCCCCUGUCGGCGCUGCCACUUGGGGAAUCCCACUGCAUCAUAGGAGUGACAGGGCCCAGCCAGGCCCCCCAGUGCUCAGACUGACUGUCUUUCCUCGUUGAACAACUCGAGCAUCCCAGCCGAGCACUCGCUUUUACAACAGGCAAGCUCCUGGUGCUUCUCUCCUUAGAGUUGUGAUCUUGAAAGGAUAUGCAGAAUAAACAGGUUGAAGUUCAGAGACAUUAUACAGAAAGAUCCAGCUCUUGCAUUUGGUGUUGUUAAAUACUCAAACUGCUAAAUGUUUUGAAUACCGCGCAUUUAUUGUCUCUGUGGCCCUGUUGUAAUCCCAGCGAGCCCCUGUCCCAGUACGGCGGUGCUGUUUCUUCCUGAUGCUCUCGUCUCCCUCGCCCUCCAGCUUGGCCAUGAGGACUGCCCUACCAGUGGGGAUCUUUGCCAAUGAUGGAUGUUUCCCUAAGUGUGCUGAUAGAUUGGGGAAACAAACCCCCUGAUGUAUGUUCCCCCUCUCAGCAGAUGUCUCGAUGUGUAAAGACGCGUGUCGAAUGUUUGUGUUAAGGGUGUGGUUUGUAAUAGUUCACUACGCUAAAGUUAUUUCACUUUUCCACUCAUUUAGCAUGAUUCAUUAUAGUUCCCCCUGUGUGUGCCUUGGUUUACUAUCCUAUUCUGUGUGCUACACCAUGCAUUCGCAUUCUUUAUAAUGUCCUGCAGGUUUACAGUGGUGCACCAUAGCAAUAUCUAUAGAAAAGAACUUCAGUGCUCAUGCUUAACUAUCAGCAUUUUAGCAGAACGCUUCACCAACACAAGAAACACUGAAGCUCGUUGACACUGUUGUAGCAAGUCAAGUAAAUCAGGUCGAUUAUUUUAUGUACUGUAUCUCACCGUACAGCCCUGUUUUGUUUUUCUUGCUAUUUGACUUGUAACCUCAUUUUAGUCAUUUCUAAAAUGUAAUUAGGUCACCAAUCACCUUCACUUAGUACUGUAGGUAGGUUAGUUCACCUAAUCUCCCCCCCCCCCCAAUAUGAUUUUGAAUGUUUUAUUUUGGGGAUGGUGGGUGUUAAGUUAGAUCAUUUCUUACUAACUCUUAAGAGGCAUGUGAGUUUCCACUCAUCAGCUACAGGUAAAAUGGGUUUGUUGUGCUGUAGUGAAUUAUAGCAUUUCCAGUAAUGGCUUGUUUAGUGCUCUGGAUCACUUUGUCUUUUAUGAAUGCAUGUGCCCAUAACGCCGUUAUUUACAUUAUGCUUCUUCGCCUGGAUGGGGGCAGUUUUCAGGGGCAGAUGAAUGGGAGGGUGCCAGUCAUGAGAGCCAGCUUCUCUAAACAUCCGCCUCUUCGGCCCUGAUGCACCUGCACAUGUCUCUGUGGAGUUGGGCGAAGAGGGUUUGAGGGCGGGUCUUGGGCCUGUUGGUCGUUGAUCUUCCUCUUGCCUCUAUGCAAGGCUGCUAAAGAAUUUAGUUUUCUCCAGAAAGGUGUCACCUUUCUGUUAAAUAGGGUGAACAUGUAAUGGCUACAGCAUGUCUGCCUGGCUGACCGUGUGGACCAGAUCCAAAAUGACUCUAGCAGUGAUGCUUGUUCACACAGGCACGCACACGUUCACAGAUCCUUUUGAAACUGCAAACCAGAACUCUGUGUUCUGCAACAGCACAAUGGGUUAUAAAAACACAUUUAGGAUUUCUCUGUUUAGCAGUUUCAGUUCAGUUUAUUUGUCAUGUGCACAAGUGCAGUGAAAUGCUUAAUUCGCAUGUGUGCACCAAUACAAGGACAUCAAGGAAACAACCAAAACAUAACACAACAGUGGCAGCAACAACAAUUUGACUUUUAAAGCCUAAGCAGAUCAUGGCACCCAGGCGUAUCUUGUGGGUGUGAUCCUAUAGCGCUGCAGGGGCCGACCUCCAGCAGAAUCGGGAACCUGUUGACACAGCUCGGCUGCCUGCAGCAGUAAGAGAAGCCUGUCCCUCUCUGGGAUAACGGCCUUUUAGGCACCAGGUCCCUCCCCUGUGGAAAUGAUUCCUGUCCACACAUGCCCCUGGCUGCUGGUCAUGAACUGUAAAAAAUACAACACAAUUUAAUUCUCAUCUGAAAGUAUUGUUUCAGUGUUCAGUUUUGCUAACAUGAAAAGCAGCAUUUUAUUUAGAAUAUUGCAGUUUUAAAAAGAGCAUUAUUUAAAAAAUAAGCAUUGAGUGUUUAAGGACAGGUAUUUGGAAAUGGAAGUGUAUAUUUGGAGUCCUGUUUCAUCAGUGCUGAUAGAAAUGGACAAACCAGAGUGAUGGGAUUGCUGUAUUUUUUUAAUUGGGAAUGAUUCUCAGAGGAGGGUCCUGACUGAUUCUGUCUGGUGGCCUUCUUGCUGUUCAGUUUCAGGAAACAGUCCUUAUAUAUGGAUAACUUUCUGUAAAGAGGGUGGACCACCUCUAGUCCCAAAGACCUAAAACACUUGGCUCAUGUUUAACCAUAGAUUUCCAAAGAGUGGGAAAAGAAGAGUUAGUUGUUUAGUAAUUCGGAUAGUUUGGUAUGAAAAUGUGCUAAUCCUGCAUCCUUCAGGAUCAGUUUGUCAUUUCCUGGUUUAAAUAACUCCCAUGUUAAGUUGCACGGAAAGUCUUACAAAUUGUUCUUUACGGGUAACCUAUAUAAAAAGACCCACAGGAUAGUUGUGUGGUUGUGACCUGGUGCAUCUUACGUCAGGCUGAUUGCAGGGAGCACUGUGCUGGAAGAUGCUGCAUGAAGAAUACUGCACCUCAGACACUCCCUUUCCCUCCAGCCGCAACGUAACGUAGUGUUCUUCCACCACAGACGUACGCCCAGUGUCCACUGUCCCUGUUGACAACCUGUGCAGAGCUGGGUCCCUGGAUACUUUCAGUCCUUUAUGAAUUUUAGUUUAGCACACGAUAAAGCUGUGUUGCGAAUUCUGUUUUCACUGUUCUGCUUUGGAAAAGGGAUCACAGUAUCUGACUUGCAGUCUGGCGUAGUUGGUGUUCUUACCUCCUGUGUGACCCAUCUUGCCUGCCCAGUAAGACGUCAGGCCUGCCAGUGCUUCCACGCCCUCGGUGUGCCCCCAGACCCCCGUGCUGUGAUCCCCGAGCGGCUCUGGAGCCGGUGACGCGGGUUUAGGAUCUGGUUGAGAAGCCUGCACAGGAUCGGAAGCUGUGGAAAUAAGGAAUGCGUCCCCCCUCUUCCCACCUUCACCCUCUCUUCACAUCCCCGAGCAGGUACUCUGCCAGAGGGAGAGUCUUUUUAACGACUCUGAACAAUGUAUAUUUGUGACCUCACCCGUGUGACUUUUAAACUUGCAUAACACAUCACUAUUUAUUAUGUAAUAUAUAGAACCUGUGGUGUUUUUUACAUAUCGUGUCUGAACUGUGUUUAUUUCAAUAAACCCACAUGCUUCCAGUGUU